GUUAUUGUUGUUGUCGUUGUCGUUGUCGUUGUUGUUGCUCCCUCCCGUCUCCUUGCACAAACGCACACGGGAUCUACCUGUCUUGCAUCUGCAGUGAGAUCCACGAAGCCCGGUGGGAGGGACUGCCUUCUAGGAAGAGAGGCGAUCCCUGCUAUAUCACUUUCUGCAGCAGCAACUAUGGCUAUGAACGAUACACUCCCGACCGCACUGGCAGACUCUGCCGCUGAAACAAGGUCCGCACAGAGGAAGUUGUCACUCGUUCCAGAUUCUCCCGUCCAUGACGACCGUGACACCUCACUCUCGCUGUUUGACCAUAGUCACCGAUCAAAUGGCAACAGCCUCGCUACCGACAGGAGCUUCAGCUUGCCUACCACGACCUCCAAGCUGAGACGGAGUAACAGCGUUCCUAUGGCUCGCCAGGCUGUGGGGAGAGAUCCCCAAAAGCAGCACCGCGAUGAACUCAUCAUGGACACGAACAAGUCCUCCAUCGUGUCCAAACGAUCCGUCGAGAAGCUGUACUACGAUGGCGAGCCCGAGUACUUUCGCUACUUUGUCAGCAAGUUCAAGCGACGAUCUCCCCUCAUCAAUCGCGGCUACUGGUUGCGCAUGAAGGCCAUCGAGCAUGGGGUCUCGCGAUUCUUGGCAGAGCGAACAGCGAAGCGCAAGGUCGUGGUCAAUCUGGGCUGCGGAUAUGAUCCAUUACCAUGGCUGUUCCUAGGCAAGCAACCACUCCUGUGCCAAGACGCCACCUUUGUCGAUGUCGACUAUCCUGUCUUGAUGCAGAACAAGAUUGGAAUCAUCCAAAAGACGGAACCGCUCAAGGCAUUGCUGCCCAAAUUCACCACCACCGGCAGAGAUAGAGGCCUUCUAGCCUCGAGCAGUCCGUACGUUGCUAUUGGAUGUGAUCUGAUCAAUCUCGACCCCUUGCAAGACAUAUUACAGGACCAUCUGCAGAUCGGCAAUGGAGAUGUGGCAGUCCUGUUUACUUCCGAAGUCUCCACCGCAUACAUGACUGUCGACGGAUCGCAAGCUGUGUUCCAGUGGGCAGCGACCUUCGACGAUGUCCGAUUCUGCUUGCUCGAGCAACACUUACCCGAUGGGCCGGAUCACCCAUUCGCUGCGACCAUGCUAGCCCAUUUUGACAAGUUACGGACACCUUUGCGCGCCAUCGGGACUAUGGACAUGAUGAAGGCACGUUUCCGGGCAGCUGGUUUUCCUGAGAACGGCACAGAGAUUCGAUCGCUGUGGGAGCUGUGGUCUGAUCCAACUUUUCUGACUGCCGAGGAGCGAAGGAAACUCGAUCGAGUAGAACCAUUCGACGAGUGGGAGGAGUUUGCACUUUUUGGCUCUCACUACUUCUUGCUAUUUGCAGAGAAGGAGCCAAAUAAGGACUAUAGUAUCAAGCCAUAUAGAGCCUCCCGGGCGUCAAUAUUCGCAGGCUCAGUACAGGGCUCUUUUGCGUCCAGCCCCACGGUCGGCAAUAGUCCCGCGAUACCACAAUAUCAUUUCGGACCGGGAGACAUGCUGCACACACACGAGUUACGAGAACCCCACGACUUCCGGCGUUUCGCAGUCGCGACACCACCCCUUCAGGUAGAUGCUGCCGGAGACUCCGUCGGCCUUCACGGAGGACUGGGCACACAGGAACGACUCGAAACUUGCAAUACUUACUCGCGGUUUGAUACGACGCAGGCAAUCACAGGACCGCCUCUGCGGACUGGUUUGAUGUGCCACAGCAUGACCAGACUGGGCAGUACCUCCAACUGUGUCCUGACAGGGGGUCGAACAUCACCAGACAAGGCCAGCGCGGAAUCGUGGCUACGACUCGACGGGAAGUGGAGGCGUGUACAGGAUCUACCACGAGGACGCUAUCGACAUUGUGCUGUACCGCUUGUGCUACCCACAGACCCUCGCCCAGCUCAUACUGUACUCAUGUUUGGCGGCAAGACGAGCGAAGGACAAGUCUUGGACGAAUGGCUGAUCUGGACUGGUGAGACUGGCUGGCAACAAGUCACGGUGCAAGGUGUCGAAAAACCACCAGCUCGAUUUGGAGCUGUGAUGAUUACAGACAACAAAGGCGGCGUGUCUGGCGUGCUCAUUGGAGGCAUGACCUCCGCAGGGCGAGUGCUGAACGACUUUUGGCACUGGACACUAGAGCCUGACAUGACGCUGAUCUGCAAGAAUGUGACUGCCAAGGCGAUCGCAUUCUUGAAAGCAGAUGGUUGUAUUCUCGGACGAUUCGGAGCACAGCUUGUGCGGUCGAAUCGAGGAAUUCUCAUGAUUGGUGGCAUCACUGGCGCCCGCAUGCUGACACGGCAAGACGAAAUAUUGAAUAUGAAGACGCUUCGACCGCAACCAAUCCAAGGACCAAGACCACUUCUCGUGGGGCAUACAGUACAGGAUGUUGACGGCGGACUGAUAGUACUCGGAGGAGGAGCCACGUGUUUCUCUUUUGGCACAACAUGGAACCGCAGCUGCAUACUUAACGAAGCUGAAUCUGGCCAGUUUGAGAUGCAAUGGCGGCUUCAUUCGACCUUGGACGGAGGCAAGCCCACUGCAGAGCAAAAUGCAACAUUCGUUGCAUCACCAAGAGUCGCAACAACAUCAGCCAUGAAUAGCGUUACAUCAAUCCCUGGAAAAAUGCCUGAACCCUUGCAAAUCUCUGAAGUGGAGACAACCCAUGGUAUCAACUUCUCGGAAUACGUCGAAGCGGCUCGACCUGUUGCUCUACGAAAAUGUCGCCUCGGACCAUGCAUAGCGACGUGGACAAAUUACUACCUCAAAGACAACAUCGGCGCCGACCGCAAGGUAUCUGUACACUCCGCGUCAUCACAAGCCAUGGACUUUCAAAACAAGAACUUCUCAUACAUUACUCAAAACUUUGGCACAUUUAUGGACUCUGUCGAAAGAGGUGAACGCCUCUAUCUCCGAUCUCUAUCAACUGAAGCUCCGAGCAAAGCGCCAACAAAACUCUCGGAUGACUUCCCGUCCAUAGCGAAGGACUUCCUCCUCCCCGAUGAGCUGGAGGAAUACGUGCAACAAAAGGCUCAUAGCUCUCCCCUGCGGAUAUCCGGACCAGUGAACAUGUGGCUCCAUUACGAUGUGAUGGCGAACAUAUAUUGUCAAAUCCGCGGGCGAAAACGGCUGAUCUUAUUCCCACCUAGUGAUGUAGCACACCUCGACUUUGCGCCCGGAUCCUCAUCCUCAUCACUCGAUGUCUUCGCUGCCGACACCGCUUCGCAACACCCUGGACUGAGUAGCACCCACCCCCAGGAAACCAUCCUCGAGCCCGGAGAUAUAUUAUUCAUACCUCCCAUGUGGCCUCACACUACAGCGUCCGUGUCUUCACCUCCGGAUAGGAACUACACAACAUCGGUGGCUGUGAAUGUGUUCUUUCGAGAUCUGGAAAAUGAGCAUGCGUAUGCCGCGGGUCGUGAUGUCUAUGGCAAUCGAGAUUUGGCCGCCUACGAGAAAGGUCGCAAAGAUUUGGCGAAGAUUGUCAAAACCUUUGAGGAUCUGCCUGCUGGUGUUGCGAGAUUCUAUCUGGAUCGACUGGGCCAUGAAUUGUUGCAGGAAGGGCAGAGGUUUCAACCUGAUACGCCACCUGAUGAACAUGGAGGCAAAGGCAAAGGCGUUGCGACAACACCUCAUUCUCCUGGUCCCCUUCUUCAAUCGGAGAGUCCUGCCGAUGCUAAGUCCUCUUCAUCCUCUCACGGCCAGACAGCGAGUCGCCAUAGCGAAGACGUGGCCUCGGGUAUCAAGAGUGCUGCCGAUCGGAAUGAGGGCAGUUCUGGAUCUGCUACGUAUGCAAACGGCUCGACAGAGAGACCGGAUGUCCAGAGCCCCCAUGCUAGUCAUGUUGCAUCGCCGAGUGUGACGGAGAGUGGAACGGGCAGUAUUGCAUGGAGCAAAGCCACGAGUGGGACAAUACACGAUGUUUACGCGGAAUUGGGCCAGUAGGAGAACGAUGAUCAAGAAGCGAGAGAGAGGGAGGACAAUUGAUGGGGUUGGAGUCAGGUGCAUGAUAUGUGUGGAUAGGACAGGAAGCGUAUGUGAUAGCAACGAUUUGCAAGGUACAUGUUU